CAAACGUUCAAAAGCCUCGUCCUGCCCGAACGACUCAACGAACGUCCCCCACCCACCAACGGGGGCCCGUCGUCGUCGUCGUCGUUUCAUUGUCGUCAUCGUAAGGAAGUGCGCCGCGGCAGUCAUGAGCAGCACCUCUCGAGUUUAAGCGUGAAAUACCCAAUAUUACGCAAAGUUUUAAGAAAAUCAGCCCGGAACACUUCACGACAAUGCGAUGGCCAACACAACACCCCCUCUUAGCGGGCAUUAGGCCACUCCCCACCGCCCUCCUCCUCACCCUCCUCACCACCCCCACCCUCGCUCAACGCGCCGCCUCCCUCCCCUCCGACCUCACCCUCCCCGCCGGCCUCCAAGCCUGCACCUGGCCACCACAACCAAACCACCCUUACAUCCUCCUAUCCCGCUCACCUUCCUCCUCCACCUCCUUAUGUCUCGCUAGUACUGGAAGUGGUGGUGUGGCCCUGAGUAGUUGUAAUGGAGGGGAGGCGGCGCAGAGACUGACGUUUAGUUUAGUGGGUGGGACGACCGAUCAGUACAGGAUUGGGGUGGAGAGCGGGGGCCAGGGAAGUUGUGUGGCGAGUGGGAAUAGGUUUGUGGGGACUGGGUCGCCGGUGCAGGUUGCGGCUCAUUGUGGGGAUGCGGCUGUCGCGAGUAGGUGGAGAAUUGGGGCGAAUGUCGAGGAGAAUGGUGAGUUUGAAUGAGACGGAGCGUGAGAGAGGGUCGACCAGUGCCCAACCCUCCUCAUCGCGAGGCGGAGCGAGCAGGGUAACUCUUUCCCCCAACCGUUGAACACCCAACUCACAUCCACCCCACCUCUCCCUCCCUCCCACAGGCAUCUCAGGCCAACUCAUAAA